AUGUCCAACGAUCCGUCUGACGCCGCUAUAAUAUGUGGUACAAGUGAUACGACGUACAUGGAGGAAAUUAUUCUUCAGAAUGAGGCUCUUCUCCUUGAGGUUGAGCAGCUGCGCUCUGUCGUGAAGGGAAAGGGUCUUGAUCAGCUGCAGCAACUGCGUGGAGAGAAUGAAAGACUUCAACAGCUACUAAAACUGUCGGAGUCGCAACUGGCGGAGAGGACGCAUCAGCUGGAAGUGCUGGAGUCUGCAUAUAACCGAAUUGACGGUGUCCACUCCGCCAUUCAUGAAUUGACAGAGCAACAAAAGGCCCUUUCCGAAAUGAAGGAGCGAUGCAUCAGUCUUGAAGUACAUAACACGGCUCUCAAGACGGAGUUGGUCAAGACGAGUGAGUCAGAGGAGGAACUGCGAAAGGCACUGCAGGAAGCGGAGAGAAGCCGUCACGUGUUGGAGGAAGAGGUGAAUAAAUUACGCGCUUCCGUUACGGAAACGAAAUCACGUCUAGAAAAUGUUGAGAAUUUAAAGUGCUCCGCGGAGGAGGCGCUUGAAGGGGCGAAGGCCUCGAUUGCUAAGUUGCAGGCCCAUUCAGAAGACCUGGAAGAGAAGAACGAGGCUCUCAAGAGGCGUCUCCGUGACGCGGAGCAAGAAGCCUGUGAAGAGUCGCGGAUCAGGAAUGGGAGGCACACUUUGAUAGAGAAGGAACUGGAGGAUUUACGCGCCAAAGAAGCAAUCGGGGAGAAGAGAUUAAUGGAGGCGGAACGGGUGCAGGCGAGGCUGCAAGAGGAACUGCGCUUAGCAAGGGAGGCGCUAGCGGCAAAGGAGCAGGAUACAUCAAGGACGCUUUUGCAACAGCGGGAUCAGGUGGAGAGGAAAUUGAAACUGGAAUUCGGGAAUCUUCAGCGCGCACUGGAGGAGAGAGAGCGGUUGCUGCGUCAGCAGGUGGAGCAGAAUAUACGCCUGAAGGAAGAACUCACAAUGCUGAGCGCGGAAAAGGAUAUUCUGAUGCGUCGCAAGCAAGGGGAGCCUGUCGACGUCUUGCAGCUCCAAAACAGACUAAAGGAGCUCAGUGAUGAAACGUCCAAAAAAGAAGCACUGCAGCAGAGGUUCCAGGAGAUGCUUAAAAGUAGUACAGCCACCAACAGUGAUAUUAAGCACCUUUUUGCGCAGAUGCUUGACUACCAGGAGCGAAGAGAUGAGGAAAUGCGGACGAUGAUAGCCAUUGAACGGAUUAAAACAGAAGAUAUGAAGAAUAUGUACGAACUUAACCUGGAAAAACUUCGAGCAGAGCAAAAAAGCCUUGUUUAUGAAAUUCAGACCUUGAAAAGUGAGGGGGAUGCUUCCGUCACUAGGAGAAUAGCACCAGCAGAGGCUGAAAUAUCGCAUGAAGGCACGCAGUACGGAGCAGUAGCGGUGGGGAAUAGCUUGAUGCCACAGGCGAAUGCGAACCCACCGAUGUUUGUGGGUCCAACAGAAAGGGUACACCCGGUUGCCAGGGUCGGCGGCAGCGACGUCGGUGGUACGAGUGGCAGUAUUGCACACGAUUUGUGGCAACGCUCAUUGACACGAGCAGAUAGAGUGCAGACGACGGCGAUAAACUACGAGCCUGCCCGAUUGCGUUUCCCUCAUGAGGAGCGUUUGAGUUUGCUGGCUUGUCCCCGUUGUACAUUUUUGAAUCAACCAGGCAUUACCAAAUGCGAAGUCUGUGGCGCUUCCCUUUGA